CACUCGAGACUGCGCUGCGUUUUAUCAUAUAAGAACAUUGGGCACUGUGACCGGCUCAGUAACAUAUUAGAUUUUGUAUCGUACACACUAUGGAGGUCUUGAUGAAGAGAUUUUUUUUCCUAUUUGCUUUGUUAUCCGCUGGGACUGAAACCUUUGGAGAUUCAUGCGAUAAAAUAGACAGGCCGCCUAAACAGGAGACGGGAUGCUGCGGCCUUGACGUGGCAGAUGACGAUCUUAAAAUCAGUGGUGAUGCUGCUAUCAACCAGUUUCCUUGGCUGGCUCUAAUAGAGAAUAAAGAUGAAAGGAUUACGUGUACUGGAGUCUUGAUUAGUUCCCAGCACGUGUUAACAGCGGCGCAGUGUAAUUACCACGGACCUGUCAAAGUACGUUUGGGUGAAUAUAAUAAAACCCACUCGGGUCCUGACUGUGUGGUCGUCGAUGGUAAGCAGGUGUGCAACGCUGGUGCAAUCACCAUCCCCAUAGCCACGGUCAGAUCGCACCCUGAUUUCCAACGACCCAACCACAAGGGACACGAUAUAGCUCUUAUCAAACUAGCUGAUAAAGUCCCUUUCAAUGAAUUCAUUCGUCCCAUAUGUCUGCCGACCAGCGAUGUAUUGGUGUCACCACCUGCGAACCUUCGACUGGUGAACGCCGGCUGGGGCAGCAGCCCUUCCAGCAGCUAUGAAGACGAUGUGGUCAAACAUUACGUUCAGUUGCCGUAUGUUGAUAAGGAGACUUGUUCGAAGGUGUACAGUUCGUUGAAGGAUACAUCAUAUCAGAUAAGGGAUAGUCAUAUAUGUGCUGGAGGUGAAAAAGGCUUAGAUUCCUGCCGAGGUGACGGUGGCGGACCGCUUAUGUACAAGGAUAAUGGUUUGUACACACUAGUGGGUCUAGUCAGCUUCGGCAAGGUACCUUGCGGUGUAGAAGGUGUCCCCAGUGUGUACACAAAAGUGUACUCCCACACCCCAUGGAUAGAGAGUCUCACGAGAUCAUUAUAGUUAUAAUUUAAUAUGUCAUUAUGUAUUAAUAAUGUGAUAUUUCUUUAAUUGGCUUUAUAAAUAAUGUGAUAAU